UUUUACAUGGCUUGGCAGGUGAGUGGGAAGAUGCUGUGUAACCACCUCGAUAUUGUUCUCAAGGGCUGUUUCAGCCUCGAAAUUUGUCAAGAAUGAAAAGCUGGGGGCGGGGGGCCAAAGAUCGGGAACUCCUUGCCGAACCGGUCAGGGCAGAAGCAAGGAGCCGUGAUAUCCAUUCCACGUCGUACCGUAUGGAAGGGAGAUUUUCUCUUUUUUUUUUUCUCCUUGUGCAUUCUCCGAGCCGUCUAUCCAUCUCUGUUUUCGACUUGGCCGACGCAGGCAGCCCCCUUCGGCACGGGCUGAGCGCUGAUUUUCCCAUCUGUCAUUGCCUAGUCUCCGUCUUAGCGGAUGAUCUUUUUCUCUGCUGGCGUGUCUUUUUUGGUGAGGCUGAUCAAAGGGUCUGGCGCGGCAGAGCAUGCAGGCCGAGGCGGGACAUGGAACGACAAAUUCGCUGUGUGUGCGAUUUAUUACGUACGUGUAUCGUGUGCCGCAUGUUGCCUUUUGAGAAAAUCGACAGAUUUGAUUUGCAUUCCCUUACGUUACAAGGCAACUUUUGCAGGUCGGGCUGCUCGGAGAAUUACCACAUCGAUUUCUUCUUCCCCAGACUUUUAAGCAGGUAAAACAAAGUUAGAUAUGGAGCACAACGUGGGGUCAUUUGCAUCUGUCAUUGAAUUACAUCCCCCAUAUGCACGCGGUAUGCCUGGACUCCGAAAAGACCAAGCAGAGACGAUUAGAAGAAAUAAGGCCAAACGGGAAAAGGGUGUGCCUGUGAGAUUGUGCCUUAGCCCACCAUCCGGAAAGUGGGGGAGUGAGAGGAGGGAAUGA